AUGGAUACACGUUCCACCCACUCCAACACCACCUCGCAACGUCGAAAGCUCACCAAGCGGAACCCAUCCUCCAACCUCUACUCCCCAUCGACUGCUGCGGCGAUUGAUGCCGCCUUUGACGACCACACUCCCCUGAGCAGGCGCAGCUCUCACAGCCCGAGGCGCGCACCAAGCGUCCCGCCUAUUCACGCAUCCAACUCCGCCAAUCCCAACACCUCUGCGACCGCGGGCACGGCAUCUCCUCGUUUGCCCACCAAUACUCCGGCCCAGCGCCCGAACCAAUCGCCCAACCUCCUUCAGGACGACUUUCCCUCGCCUGGUGGCUCUGCAUCGACCGAACCCCGUCUACAGCCCCUCAAUCCAGACCCUCGUGACGACUUCAUCGGCGCACCCUUUGACGGCGCUGCGAUCCUGAACCACAUCGACGCAGGCAAAGCGACGGGCUCGCACACCUCACAGCACGGUCGCAAGCAAUCGGUACAGCGGCCACUCAUUUCCCCUCCGUUGAAUAGCUUUGGGACAACGACCGUUGCGGCCGGACCGGACAGCCAACGCUCUCUCAAGCACACGCUCCGUGCUUCAGCCAGUUUCAGUAACAUGGAUGGAGCCAUGUCAGAGAAGGGGCGCCCCGGAGAGAGCUCGUUGGCGAAGCGAUACUCAGACGAUGGCAAGGACUUCAAAUCAACACUCACACGCAAGAAGACUGGCUUGUCCGGGUUCGUGAAUAGCUUGGUCGGGUCACAAAAGAAGCCUGUCAUUUCGGCGCCAGAGAACCCGGUGCAUGUGACGCAUGUUGGUUAUGACAGCUCCACUGGGCAAUUCACGGGCCUCCCCAAAGAAUGGCAACGACUGAUCAACGAGAGCGGCAUUUCCGAGCAAGAGCGGCGAGACAACCCGCAGACGAUGGUCAACAUUCUGCAGUUCUACAAAGAGACGACCGAGCGCGCACCCGAAGAUAACCUCGAGAAGUUCCAGAUAGCCCCCGGCGAUCAACGACAAUACGCAGCAACUCCAGGCAUGUACCCACAGAACUACACGGGUAGUUUCGAGAACCCGAGAGCAGCGCCUCCCGUGCCGGGGCGAGCCGGCGGCGGUGUCAGUCAUGGUGGACAGCCCAAAGAUCUCCAGCCCAACCGACCGGCACCGAAGCCCCCCGUGGCCGUGAGCAACAGGCCGUAUCCUCAAGGCACCUAUGCACCCAAGGACUCGGCUAUCGGGAUGAGCCAGUCGGACGACUCCGCAAGCGGCUAUCCGGCGAGCAAAAGCGCAGAGAAGCUUCCAUCGAGAUCAAACUCGCGCGCAGCUGGUCACUCGCCCUACGCCCAACCGCCACAGCAACCCUCAGCUGCCCAGCAGAAUGCGUACCAGCAGCAGCUCAUGCAACAGCAGCAGGAGCAGGUCCUUGCUCAAGCGCAAGCCGCCAUGGCUGGAGGAUACCCUCAGCGGUCUGCGAGCAAACGUCAAGGACCCCAGCAACCUCACCCUGCUGCGCAUCUCGGCCGUGGCCACCAACCACCAGGCGUCAACGGAGCGUCCGGCGCGCCCUCGCCGCAGCAUGGCCCCGGUGCCCCCGAUGUCGGCCCACAACCGAGGCCUCGACAACGCCCGCGCCAGUCCGGAAACAUCGAUGUUAUGCAAUCACUCAGACGGAUAUGCAACGAUGGCGACCCUCGCGAAAUCUUCCGCGGUUUCACAAAGAUUGGACAGGGUGCGUCUGGCGGCGUGUACACCGGGCAUGAGCGAGGCACCAACCGAUUGGUGGCUAUCAAACAGAUGAACCUUGAGCAGCAGCCCAAGAAGGACCUCAUCAUCAAUGAAAUCAUUGUGAUGAAGGAGAGCUCACACCCCAAUAUUGUGAACUACCUGGACAGCUACCUCACGGGCGGUGAACUCUGGGUUGUCAUGGAAUUCAUGGAGGGUGGCAGUUUGACCGACGUGGUCACCUUCAACAUCAUGACGGAGGGGCAGAUUGCCUCGGUGUGUCGCGAGACUCUCAAGGGUCUGCAGCACUUGCAUUCAAAGGGUGUGAUCCAUCGCGAUAUCAAGUCGGACAAUAUCCUGCUUUCCAACGAGGGCAAUAUCAAGCUAACCGAUUUUGGUUUCUGCGCUACCAUCAACGAAGCCCAAAACAAGCGGACCACCAUGGUCGGCACGCCGUACUGGAUGGCCCCUGAGGUGGUGACCCGGAAAGAGUACGGUCGCAAGGUCGAUAUCUGGUCGCUCGGCAUCAUGUCCAUUGAGAUGAUUGAGGGUGAACCGCCUUACUUGACCGAGUCGCCCCUGCGUGCCCUUUGGCUGAUUGCCACGAACGGCACGCCCAAGAUCAAGGACGAACAUAACUUGACGCCCGUGUUCAAGGACUUUUUGUAUUUCGCGUUAAAGGUGGACCCCGAGAAGCGAGCGAGCGCGCAUGAUCUUUUGAGGCAUGAAUUUAUGAAGCAGUGCGUUGAUCUGGCACAGCUAGCCCCUCUCGUGAGGGCGGCCAGGGAACAGCGCGCGCAGGAAAAGGCACGAAAAGCAUAG